UUUCAGCAUGUCGGACAUCUUCAAGCUGGACUUCCAGAACUAUCCAUUCAUGUUUAACGAUCCGCUGGAGAAGUCGGAAUCGAGUGAAGGUGGUACCGCCGGCCAGUCCCGCUUCUCGCAGUUCUUCCGCCAGGAUGGUUCCGGCGGGAAGGGCACCGGUUCAGCGACGGGUGCGACCGCCGUCCGCAGCCGCAACAACUCGCUGCAGGAAGAGAUCGACAAGAUCAUCAAAGACUUUGCCAAUUACGAGGAAGGGGGUGCGGCGCCAGCGGGCAACAAGUACUUUGCACCGAUCUCGCCCGCCGCCACCUCCAACCAGUCGAUCUCGUUCAUGGAGCUGUUCAGCCGAUCGGCCGCAACGGACGCCGCCGGUAAGUUGGCAAACGAUGCGUCGCAGCAGCAGCAGCAACCGCCGGUGAACCCCCCGCAUGCCAGUGCCAACAGUAGUCAACCGUUCAACGGGCACGUGAUGCAGCAGAUGAAGGCCGGAAUGCUGCCGGAAGAUCACCGCCACCAGCAGCAGAUGCACCAGCAGCUGCAGAAUCGCAGUUUGCAGCAGAUUCUGGGCGUGUCGGUCGGUGGUGGUGGUGGUGCUGGUGGACCGCCGAGUGGUGCGGCCGGCACUCCCUCGCCGUCCGCACUGUUGCCAAAUAUGGCCGCCAAUCUGGGCCAGGUGCAUAGCGUCGAGGAGCUGGAAGCUCGCUUCCGCCAGACUGAUCUCAACGGUGGCGAUGGUGGUGGAACGCCCGGAGCGGCCGGUGCAAGAGGCAAACCAUCCGAGGGCGGUCCGAAUCAUCCGUCAGGUGAGUUUGUCGGUGCAGCUGGCGCACCGGCCGUGGGUACAGCGGUAGGACCGGCCGGUGACGGCGAAAUGAUGGUUCCACCCGGUGCAGCUCCAGACAUGCGUGCCCCCAACGCUCCGGGCGCCGCCAUUCCGCGACUGAUCAUGCCGGCCGGUGAUCCGGUGGCUGCUGCGAUUGGCGGCCCGCUUGGGCACGCGCCGCAACAUCCUCCGGAAGGUAGCACGGUGCCGCAGCAGGAGAUGAACGCGUUCAAGAAGCUGCUCGCCCAGAUGAGCGAGAAACAACCCGGCCCGGCACCGCAAGUCCUUACCCAUCAUUUGGCGCAUCAGCAUCCGCCAGCGCAUCUAGCUGGUCCUCCCACUUUGCCACCGCAACCCGUCGGCCACCUGCCGCCCGGACAGAUGAAUCCAAUGCACAUGAACCCGAUGCAUCAUCUAGUAAAUGAGUCACGUACGGCUGAAUUGUUGAAGCUCCCGGAUACCCAAGCUCUAAUGCUCGGGGUGGCACGGGGUGAAAUUUCGCACCAUGCCCUCUGGCAGCAGCUGAUCAACCCGGGCACCGCUCAAUCGCACCGGGAAAUCAUUUCCACCGUGCUGUGCACCUUCCCGCCGCAGUCGCGAGUCGUUUCGCCGAACCUGAUGCUGAACGCAGCACCCGGCACCAUUCCGAUACCGCCGCCGACGACGCCCGUGCCGGCCAACGCCAACCUGCUUUUCCAUCCGAAGCAACAGGUGCGUCUAUCGCCGCUACCGAACGGUGUUGGCCCGCUGCAACAGCGCAUUCCGUCGCCCCGCGAGCUACAGUACCACACGCAGACGAUCAUGCAGAACGCGCUGAUACGCAAGAAGCUCGAGGAGCAGCGAGAAAACUAUCGCAAGCGACAGGAACAGCAGCAGCAGCAGCAACAGCAGCAGCAACAGCAGCAACAACAACAGCAGCAGCAACAGCAGCAGCAGCAACAACCGCAGCAACAGCCAGCACCCGUUCAACAACCAAAUGAGGCAGAUCAAGAAUCUCACGAUCAAUUGAAGGAACCGCAGCAGCAACAGUCGCAGCCGCAGCCUCAACCGCAAGGACCGCCGUCCCAAUCGCCGCAUCACUUUGCCCAGUAUCCGCAACUGGACCAGGAAUCGGCGAAUUCACAUCAGCCACAUCCGGCACCUACGCAACCGCCGCAGCACCUUCCGGAGUCCGGUGAACAAGGACAGCAGCAGCAGCAGCCGUCCGCUGCACCGCAAGGUAGCGAGCAGCCGGCCAUGGCAAUGCUUAAAGCGGGCCGACCCAAUAGCACUGCCACGUCCGGUACGGUGAAUGUCAUUUCCCCAUCGAAGCAAAACGUCGCGCAGACGCAUCAGGUUGCGUCUCCGACGCCGCUAGCUUUCACACCCACAUCCGUGCUCCGUAAGAUGACAGCGGCACAAGAAAAAGAUCCCGAGCAGGGUUCUUCUCACCAUCAGCAGCAGCAGCAGCAGCAGCAGAUGCAACAACAACAGCAACAACAGCAGCAGGGGCCGGGAACGCCGAUAGUUCCGUACAUAAUCAGCGAGCAUCAUGCGGAAAUAGUGCCCAUGAUUGGGCUCAACUUGAACACGUUGCUCGAUCUGCAAACGCAGCAGCAGUACAUGAAAAUGCAUCACCAGCUGCAGCAGCAACGGCAGCAGCAGCAUCAACAACAGCAGCAGCAAGAGCAGCAACAACGGCAGCAGGUAUCGCAGCAGCAGCAACGGCAGCAACCACCGCCAAAAGUGAUCGGCUUUCCGCCAAUGCAUGCCUCGCAGCACCUGCUGCCUCUGCACGGUGGCGGCGCACCUCACCAUCAGCCGGGGCCACAACCCCCGCAACCGCAGCCGCCCGGUGGACCGUUCGCGAGCUCGGACGCACCGGUUUCGCAGAGCGAGCAACAGCAGCGCAACUUGGCCGCACUGCUCGGCCAAUCCGGUGGCCAGUUCGGUCCGCAGGCUGGGCACGCCGGCGGUCCACCGAUGAGCAUGUCGAUACACCACCAGAACCACAUGCCGGUUCCGGCGCAUCUCAACUCGCUCAACCCAUUGCCACCGAUGCCGCCGCCGCCGGCGAUGCGCAAUCCCGGUCCGCUGCCGAACAACAUUCCGUGGAACCUGAAGCAACAGCCCAACGCGCCACAACAACCACAGCAACCACAGUCGCAGCAGCAGCAGCAGGGUGGAGGAGUAGGUGCCGGCCAGCCGCUUCUACCAGCGCAACAGCAGCAGCAGCAACAUAUGGCGCUGCCGAAACCGCAAGGACGACCGAUUCUGAAAGGUGCUGGAGCAGGAAGCCACAUGCAGCAGCAGCAGCAGCAGCAGCAGCAGGGACCGCCGCAACAAGUCCCGUCCGCUCAGCAACAGCAGCCACCACAACAGCAACAACCGCAGCAGCAGACGCAACUGGCUCCUGGUCAGCUUCCGGUGGUACCGAUGCCGCCUAUGCCAAUGAACUUCGCCGGCACCUUGGAAUUCCAGGGACCGCAGCAACCGUUUAACAACAGUAACCGAAGCGGAAAUCCAAUCCUUGGUGCGCAUCAUCCCGCAUCGGUUCAGGGCCCAGCAGCUCAGCAGCAGCCGAUGCCACAGGGCCUUCAGCAGCAGCAGCAGCAACAGCAACAGCAACAGCAACAGCAGCAGCAGCAUUCACCCAACAUGCUCAAUCCACAUCUUCACCAGCUGUUGCAACGUCAGCAACAGCAGCAGCAGCAGCAGCAGCAGCAACAGCAGCGAGCGAUCCGUAACCAACACAUGCCGCCGCACAUGUCCAUGCCACCGCAGCAACAACAUCCGCAGCAGCAGCAGCAGCAGCAGCCUUUCCGCAUUCCUGGCAUGUCUGCCGGCGCCGGGCAGCACCAGCCGAACGUUCCCAUUCAGAUGGAGCUGAAGCAGCAGCAGCAGCAGCAAAACUCCGGCGCUGGUCCGGAGGGCAUGAUCAACUACAACCGCGACGGCGGGCUGUCGCCGACCAGCAAUCAGCUGGCCCGCUGGUUUUCGCCCGAGCUGCUCGCCCAGGCGUCCGCCGGCAAGCUGCCGUCACUCAACCUCGGCAACCAAGUGAUGUUCCUGGAAGAGUUCGAGCGCACCAUCCAGCACUCGUCGACCACUGUACAUAACUGAGCGCCUCCGAGCGCACCGAGGCGGGUGCAGCAACGCCACUAUAGCGCUCUAGAGAGCUUCUCCUAGAGUUACUGAAUUUUAUUGUUGGAGGUGAUUCAGAUGAACUCGGGUUUCACUAUUCACAGCUUCCCACAGCCGAGGCAAUUUCAUUCAACCACACGACAAUCACCUCCAUUCGUCUUAAUUGCUGUUAUUAUCAUUCGUCCUUGUGUAUUAUGCAUCAAAUGUUUCAUGUGUUUAUUUUUGAUAUUUUCCUUAUUUAUAUCAUGGUCCAUCCUGUAAUGGAUAAAUUUUAAGUAUUCGUAAACAACCGGAACUCGGUCGUAUAAGGCGUAAGAGAGAAGAAGAUACCGAAGCAAGUGGUACGGUGAAAACAAAACUUAGGUAUGACAAAUGCGCGAACGGUAGCUGUAGCUGUAGAAGAGCGGGAAAUUUGAAUCGUAUUGAAAAUCUGUUUGGGAAAUGAGCGGGAAAAGAUGCUCGAUAGUAUUGUAACUAUUAGGUUGUGAAGGUUCUUCGAAUGUAUUCCAACAUUAUAUUCGACUUCAUUACGACUGGGAGUGUAAAAGGACGGCACGGCAUGCUUUUGUUGGUAUUGAAAGGUCGUUUGCAAGUGUGUGCUCUUAUGACGAUGAGCGAACUUAUACAGAUUCGAGCCCUAGAACGUUAGAACAGCACCGUAUGAUAUGAGCAGAACAAACGUAGGCACAUUAGAAUUAUGUGCAUGAUGGCAGCCAACGUUAGGAACCCUAGCUCUGAGGCUCAUGGUAAGAUUAUUGAGAAUAGAAGCCAGUUAGAACACAAACAGAGAACUAAAGCAUGUAUGACAAACGAUAACCCGAAACGCAGCAACAUUUCACUCUAACGGUAUGUUAUAGGCUUCAGCAUGUAUUUUACUAUACCAUAAAAUCGCUUCGAUAUGGUAUGGUAAUAACUUUUCCUUUUUUAGAAUUCCUCAUAGCGACGAUUUGACUGUACUCAUGCAGUUGGCAGCGAAUCUUGAUGAGACCAGUUUGCAUCUGGUCGUCCCCAAAAGUGUCACGUUCAAAAAUAUUAAAUUCAAAUCAAAACCCCUAAUAUUGAUUUUCUUAAUAAUAUUCUUUACUGACAUUUUGUUCGUGGCUGCAAAUUUUAUUAUAUUUUAUUUACAUUUUAUAUUUUUUUAUCUAUAUUUCUAUAUUUUAUACUCGAACAAUUUCACCCACAGUUUUGUGCCGAACCACGAGAUUUCUGCCUUUUUUUUUGGUUUUUAAUUGCUUAACCUUUCCAGUAAAUUCAAAAUAUUUGGGUUUUUAACCCUUUUUUUGGUAGUGAUUGCAAAAACAAGCAGCAUCAUAAUUAUGUGAUUUGCCCUAACACUUACAUAGCGUGCAUGAACAAUGUGAAAGGCUAUUAUUGAGCAGGCGAAACGCAAAAGCCUUGUGCAUAUGACCGACCGAGGAAAGUUGCUGUCGUUUUGAACCGAUCGAAAUGAACUAGUUGCAAUGGAACCAGCAGCUGUUUCCAUGCGGUAGAAGGAUAAAAGGAAAGGAAUGAAAAUGAAUGUCCAGUUUCGAGUCCAGACUUGCUCACCACAAAGACUAGGCAGGGCGUCGUCCUAAUGUAAAUGCGUUCUUAUAAACAGCUUCGAUGCACUUCGGAUGCCUCAUUCUUCAAUUAUGGGCCUAUAAAAAGGUGCUUACACAAGUCUAGA